AUGAAGCGCUCCAUGUCCAUGACGCCUGCCCUGCUGGUUUCCUAUGGCUCUGAUGGUUUGAAGCCUUUGGCACCAAAUGAUGAUGAUGGCAUCGACGAAGAAGUCUUGCAAAAAAAAAACAUCAAGGUUCAGACGCUGAGGCGACCGAAUCGACAAUGUCGUCUUCCUGAGACUUCGUCUGUAGUGGAAACUGGGCCUGAGACAAUGACAGAACAAAUUGAGCAGAGGCCAAGACUUGAUUUGCAAGAACAACGAGAUCCAGUUGAUGAAAAAUUCAAGGAUGUUUGCUGCCGAGUUCUGUCAUACUUUUUUAGUUUUGUCAGAGUUGCCGAGGACAAGUUUGAAAUUGUCCAACACUUCAGCAAGAUGAUCGAAAGGUUUCUUCAAUGUGAUGCAGCCAUGGCUGGUGGAAAGGCUGCUGGGCUGUCGCCAAAGAUUCUUCACUAA